UCGACGGCACCAGUCGACCGGAGCAGCUGCAGGGCCACAGCCAGUUACAUCGUGUGCCCGUAGUCGCCGCUCGUCACACACAGGAUCGAACAGCGCUGGCCACCGCACCGGCCCUGCCCGUGUCCGUGAACUGCGCUUCUGCCUCCGUCGGUGGUUCUCUCCUGAUUACACCUGCUUUGGUUUCCGACUUCACCGGUGGUUGAGCGUCUGGCCGAGAUGGUCACCUGGACCGGCCGACUAUGGCUGGCUGUGCCGCUGCUGGUCGUCGCGGCGCUGGCGGGCCGCGCCUCCGCGCAGAGCGUGUGCGUGGCCUCGGGCGUCCUGGUCGAGAGGACCGUCUGGGACACCGGCAUGAGCGCUGACAUGAAGCUGCAGUUCGCGUCGUCGGUCAGCAGCUGGACCGCGGAGGUUACGUUCGACCGCACCCUGACCGGCCUGGACACCUGGGUGGCCGACAUCGCCACUGCCGACAACACCGUGUACACCUUCACCAACAAGGGCUACAACGGCGCCCAGUCGGCGGGCAGCGAGCUCAAGGUCGCGUUCAACGCGUACUUCAAUACCAAGGCGGAUGUCAUCAGCAUCAAACUGAACGGCGAGGAGCUUUGCACCGGUACUGCGCCUUCCACCACGACCACCACUUCUACCACCAGCGCUGCCACCACGACCACCACUUCUACCGCCGCCACCACGACGGCGGCGCCUCCGACCGCGGGCACCACCGCGCCGCCCACCGGCCUCCCCUACGACUACAGCCUCGUGGUGGAGAAGUCGCUGCUCUUCUACGAGGCGCAGCGCUCCGGACCGCUGCCCGCCAGCAACCGCGUCCCGUGGCGCGGCGACUCGGCCCUGGCGGACGGCUCCGACGUCGGCCACGACCUCACCGGCGGCUACUACGACGCCGGCGACCACGUCAAGUUCGGCUUCCCGAUGGCGGGCAUGACCACGGUGCUGGCCUGGGGCGCCAUCAGUUUCGCGGACGGCUAUCAGGCGGCCGGGCAGAGCGACUACGUGAGAGACGCCAUCCGCUGGGCAACAGACUACUUUGUCAAGUGUCAUGUGGAGCCGGACGUCUUCUACGGACAGGUAGGUGACGGCGACAUCGACCACGCCUGGUGGGGACGUCCCGAGGACAUGGCCAUGUCGCGGCCCUCGUACAAGAUCACGGCCUCGGCUGCUGGCUCGGACCUGGCCGCCGAGACGGCCGCCGCGCUGGCCGCCGCCUCGCUGGUGUUCCGCGGGUCGGAUCCGACGUACGCCGACCUGCUGCUGACGCACGCCGCCCAGCUGUACCAGUUCGCCGACCAGUACCGCGGCCUCUACCACGACAGCAUCGCCGACGCCGCCCAGUUCUACAGGUCCUGGAGCGGCUUCGCCGACGAGCUGACCUGGGCGGCCGCCUGGCUGCACCGCGCCACCGACAACAGCAGCUACCUCAGUGCCGCCGAGCAGCACUUCCAGGCGUUCCCGGCGCUGGGUCAGCGCGCCAGCGAGUUCUCCUGGGACGGCAAGCACGUGGGCGCGCAGCUGCUGCUGUACGAGGCCACCGGCGACGGCCAGUACGGCCAGCUGGUGAGCCAGUUCUGCGACUGGCUCGUCUCGGGCGCGCCGCGCACCCCGCAGGGCCAGCUGUUCCUGCAGCCGUGGGGCUCGCUGCGGCACGCCGCCAACGCGGCGCUGGUCUGCCUGCAGGCGGCCGAGGCCGGCUUCAGCCCGACCACCUACCGCGCCCUCGCCAAACAGCAAAUCAACCUGAUGCUCGGCGACGCCGGCCGCAGCUUCGUGGUCGGCUUCGGCGAGAACCCGCCGCUGCGGCCGCACCACAAGGCCGCCUCGUGCCCGAGCGCGCCAGCCGCCUGCAGCUGGGACCAGCUCAACACGGCCGAGCCCAACCCGCACGUGCUGAACGGCGCUCUGGUGGGCGGGCCCGACUCGGAGGGCAACUACGAGGACGUGCGCACCGACUACGUCCACAACGAGGUCACCACCGACUACAACGCCGGCUUCCAGGGCGCCGUGGCCGGGCUGCUGUCGCUGCACGUCCGCGGCCUGUACCCGGCCUAGGCGCACCGUGACCCGCUCCAUCCACCCGGCCCUGAGGCCCGCUCCGGCGCCUGACGGCACCAGCCGGCGCGCUUCGCGCCGUGGGCGAUCCGGCUUGCGUCUCAGCUGUUCCAUGGUGGAUGGUUACGAGGAUCAGUCGCCGGACGGCUGUCCGCCAACGUCCAAAAUAUACGGGCUCACAUGGGAUCAACAUCGGGGGGAGCUUUCUACUGGGGACCUGUGUUGUCUUCUGUGUCAGGGGAACACUUCUUAUGUGGCGCCCGCUAAAAUGCCUCAAUCGCCGUAUGGCAAUCACAUGGGCGCCAUCUGAUGGGUUGACUUGGUCGGUUUGGUUGGGAGUGGCGGUACGUACGUAGCGCAGGUGGAGGGAUAAGGGACGCUGCUUGUCGGAGCCAACAAAUACAGCUUCCCGAUUGUUAUG